AUGUCAUCCGGGGUGCGGGUUCGAGCCCCGAAGAAGCCUAAGUUUUUUUCCUUUUUUUUUUUUGGAAUUCUUGUUUCUUAUUGCUUUUUAAACUUCUGGUUUGCAGGACGGUGUGCGAGUUCUGCAAUCGCACUGAUUCCAUCUGUUUCGUGGUGUGUGCGGCUGCGGCUGCGGUGGUGGCCGCGUGAGAGUGAGUGA